UGUUGGGAGAAUAAACAAUCAUAUCUGGUUUCAAAUACGCUAUAGAGGGCGAUAGGAGGAUAGUAGAACCGUCGCUGCUCCCAUCCUCUCUAUUGUUGUCGGAGUAUCCCAGCGAACGCAUUGAGACUCUGACGACACUGAGAAGAAACACAAUCUUGAAAAAUGACAGAGGCAGGAAACCAUGUGCUAAUUCCAAGGGUGAAACUGGGCAAUCAAGGCUUUGAGGUCUCAAAGUUGGGAUUUGGAUGUAUGACACUGAGUGGAAUGUACAAUUCUCCUCUUUCUGAUGAUGAUGGAAUCUCUGUAAUAGAGCAUGCUUUCAGUAAGGGAAUCACUUUCUUUGAUACAUCUGACAUCUAUGGGCCCCAUACUAAUGAAAUUCUGCUUGGGAAGGCCUUGAAGCAGUUGCCAAGAGAGAAAAUUCAAAUAGCCACCAAAUUUGGGGUCCAGGCAUUGAACUUUCCUCAUAUGAUAGUGAACGGUGCCCCCGAGUAUGUUCGCUCAUGCUGUGAGGCUAGCUUGAAGCGUCUUCAUGUGGAAUACAUUGAUCUGUAUUAUCAGCAUCGGGUGGACACAAAAACACCUAUAGAAGAGACUAUUGGUGAACUUAAGAAACUGGUACAAGAGGGAAAAGUCAAGUAUAUUGGUCUAUCUGAAGCCAGCCCAGACACAAUAAGGAGGGCACAUGCCAUCCAUCCCAUCACAGCUGUGCAAAUGGAAUGGUCUCUCUGGACUCGUGACAUUGAGGGAGAGAUAAUACCACUUUGCAGGGAACUUGGAAUUGGAAUAGUUCCAUUUAGUCCUCUUGGUCGUGGUUUUUUUGCUGGCAAAGGAGUCCUGGAAAGUCUGGCCUCAAAUAGCUCCUUGGCUCUGCAUCCUCGGUUCCAAGCAGAGAAUUUGGAAAAGAACAAGACCAUUUACACUCGAAUCGAAAGCUUAGCAAGAAAGCACAAAUGCAGUCCUGCCCAGAUAGCUCUAGCAUGGGUUCUUGAACAUGGAAAUGAUGUUGUACCUAUUCCUGGUACAACUAAGAUCAAGAACCUGGAUAGCAACAUUGGCUCUUUGAAGGUGAAACUUAGUGAAGAAGACCUGAAAGAGAUAUCUGAUGCUGUACCCAUUGAAGAAGUGGCAGGCAGUAGAAGCUAUCAAAACAUGGAACAUUUUCAAUGGAAGUUUGCUAACACUCCUCCAAAGAAUAAUUGACUGUCUCUACUUUUGGAUAAUCCAAUGUGUUUGUGAUCAAUUGAAUGGCCUUAUCUAUGUAGUUGGGUUAUUCGCACUGAACACUCCUCCAAAGAAUUAGAGCUGUCCAUGGGGAAGUAUUGUUUAUUGAGAUCCCUAAUAAACUUCGUAGCACUUCAUUAUA